AACUGGGUCCCAAUUGUGGUCACGUGACCACCGAGCAGUAUUGGGAACCUCGGUCAGAACAGAGGGCACCACAUCACACCAUGCCACAGCUGCUCACCGCCGUGUUCCUCCUAUUGGCAUGCAUCCCAGCCGCCCGGUCCGGGGUGACCACCGUGUCUGAGCUCAGCGCACUGGAGGGCCGCUCCAUUGCCGCCCCCUGCCACUACGACCCCGCCCUGGCCGCCCACGUCAAGUACUGGUGCUGGGGCAUCUUCAAGGACACGUGCACCAUGGUGGCCCGCACGGACACGGCCCCCUCGGACCCCAGAGUGAGCAUCGUGGACGACCCCGCCCAGCAGGUGUUCACGGUGACCAUGGCGGACCUGACAGAGGACCAGGCCGGGUGGUACCACUGCGGUGCCGAGGAGGGGGGGAUAUGGAGCAAGGACCCCUCGGCCGCCGUCUACCUCAGCGUGGUUCACGGCAUGUCUGUGGUGAACAACCGGCUGGAUGGAGAGGAGGGGGGAAGUGUUGCGGUGGACUGUCUCUACAGUAAGAGAUACAGAGACAUAAAGAAGAGCUGGUGUCGCAGUGGGGACCCAGGCUCCUGUCAGUUCACGGGGACCGAAGGCAUCUUCGACAGCCCCUCGGUUACCAUCGCUGACGACCGGGUCGGGGCCUUCACCGUCAACCUCAGCAAACUGCGGAUGGCGGACGCCGGCUGGUACUGGUGUGGCGUCGGAACGCAGAAGACCGCCGUCCAGGUCCUGGUCACGCCUCGCCCUUCAACUACAGCAGUUCCGGUGACCUCGACCCCGGCUGGGGCUCGUUCCCCGGAGCACAUCUCCUUGGAGUCCCAGCUGGCUCACAGGCAUGUCUUGGGGGCAGUAGUGGUGUUUGCGUCCUUCACGCUCAUCGUUGGCAUGGUCUUAUCGGCCAGAAAGAUCUGGCAACGGCACAAAUGGACCCAAACGUGUCCAUCGUUGCACGUGUUGUUGCAGCAGUGCUCGCGUAGAAACGCUGACGCAGGAAUGUUCCCUGUCUAUUCUAGAGAGAGAGCAACGACGGAGACAGGGCGAGGAGCUGAAAGCAAGACUCAGUUUGUGUCAUGAGGACAUAGAUGAAGCUUCUAUAAUCUUCCUCAACAGGGAUUCACAGAAGAUGGAUAUCUUCGGUGCAGAAUAAUAAAAUAAGAGGCCUUUAUUUUUCAUAAUUUUCAAGUAAUAAUUUUUUUAGCGGAAUCUAUUUAACAUAUUAUUGUGUAUUGUUUAUUUGUGUUAAUUUCCUUGAUACCAAUGUAAUUUUUUGCUUUCAUUAAAAACAUCUAAAUUCA